AUGUAUAUGUAUAUGCAAGAUGGCAGUCGAAGGGACACAAGGGGAACACCACUGCCACUCCAGCCAAGCAGGACCACCACCAACCGGGAAAACCAAGGACUGAACUCAAGCAUGGAUCGUCGGAAACGUCGGCGCAAUCCGACCAAGAACAAAAUACCUACCCCAGCCCAUCCAGAAGAUAACCACCACGAAGAUGAGACGCUAGAUCCAGGAGUAGGACCGCCUCAGUCAGAGUUCAUCAGGUCCCUACCGCCAAGCUCUCUAAUCAAAUAUCUAAACCGACACUGUCUCUUGAAUUCGCCCUUUCAAUCGGCUCCUUCAUCGUCAGCAUCAGCAACAGCAGCAACAUCGGCUCCACCCCUUCCUACAUCUAGUAAAAAGCAGCUGGUCGAUGACUAUAACCGGUUCGCAUUGCUGCUCUCAUCAAGCCGUCAUCCCAAUCAGACAACCCAGCGGUCCGGCACGACCGAGGAUCGAGCACGGUCAAUAUAUGACAUGGACAUCAAGCCAGCCCAGACGGAGGACCAAUCCUCGUCGAUCUCGCAGUCCACCUCGGCCCUCUCCAGCGGCGGGGGCUCAUCAGGCUCGUCGAGUCCGGGCUUGGCCUGCUCGACGCGUUCGUCUUCCUCCUUUUACCGCAAGCUGUUCGGCCCGGCGGCUCUCCUGGAUGACGACGAGCACGAAGAUCAACCAGCCCGGAAGAAGCAAGCCAAGGCCGACCGCGCCGGUCCCCGCGACAGCCUGUUUUCCUUCGACGACAACCUCACCCAACUCGUCCUCGGCCACCACCACCAGAGCUUCCCCAGCCUACUCGUCAGCCCAUCCCAACCCGCCGGCUCCAUCCAACCCAGGCAGCGUCCCUCCUCCCCUACAUCCUCACCCUCCGCCGCCGGACCUAGACGACAUCUUUCCCGUCCUGGGCCAGACGACCACGAGCUCCUCUUCGGUCCCCUGCCCGACUCCCUCCAUCGCCCCUCUCUCAAGAGAAAAUCUAUCCAAAAAACCGCCACUCUUAAUCACCAUGGCUUCGUCUUCAACAUCCACCUCAACCAUCUACCCUCUAUCCUCCACCCUCAUCCGCCCUCAGAUCAUAUCCGACUCAUCGAAGAUCAUGUGCUCUCUAACUUUGUCUAUUCCGUCAAAACUAGAGAGACCUCAGGAGCUUAA